AUGUGUGAGGGACAGUUUAGUCAAAAUGAUUGGAAUAGAAGACAUCCAAGAUGUGUAAUAAAUGUGAUCAACAAUGAUGGUUGUGAGUCAUUUGGAAGAGAUCGCUCAAAACCCUUCUUGAGGCAUUCGUUUAUCAAGGUGUUCGACUUCUCAACAAUGAAAGCUCUCUUUUUUAUUCUUUUAUUCCAACUAACAAAUGGUUUUUCGUUUUCGGACCUUUUUGGAACCUCAAAACCGGCUUUUGUUCGAACCAGUGCCGAUUCGAUUCCCAAAAAUCUGAAUCUUCAACAAAUGGAAGUUCCGUCACUUUCCAAGCCACAAAUCAUGUCUUGGAAUAGUUCUGAAUGGGGUCAAAUGCUUCAUAUCAUUGGAGAGUUUGAAGAUCCAGCACAUCAAUUACGAAUCGAUUUCAAGGCAAACGCCACCUUCAUUCCCAUUUCAUAUUUUACGAGAGCAGUUUCGGAAGUCGAGAAAUUGCGUGCCAUCUAUGAAGUGAGCUUCAUGAACGGGACAAUUCUAAACGAUUCCACUCCAACACCACUUGCCAGUAGCAACGAGUUUGAUCUUCGGAUUCGUAUUUUGCAAGAUCAUCUUCAGUUAUUCGUUAAUACGGGUGAAGUUGGGAUCUACCCAUUGCCGGACUCAUUUGCCUCGGUGAAAACUGUCGAACUGAGGGGAUCGUUGAAGAAUUUGAGCUUGUUCAGAGUCGAAGGAGCAAAAUAUAACUAUUUGCCGUUUAAAGCCGAGAUUUCUUUCGAAAACGGAUCUCGUCUUGAUAUCUCCGGACAACCGAUUCCAAAUGUCUGGGAUAAAAGCGAGAUGCAAAAAUUGCUCUCAAGCAACGAUGAAAGUGAGAAUUUGAUGAAAACGAGUGUGGAAAUCGAUUGGAGGAAACCGUUCAACUUCAGCGAUUAUCUCUACAAGUAUGCUGGAGUGACGAAUUUAAAUGAUUUUACAAAUAUGUACGCAACCGGGAAUUUCACAUCUUACAACAAUUGGAGGAGCCGCUUGUAUGGGAAUACGUAUAGAGUGAAGAGGAGAAGCUCGGGAAGAAGCUCUUCCCGUGGAUCUUCGUCAUCAAGGAGCUCAUCUCGUUCAUCAUCUCGUGGUUCUUCUUCAUCCCGCUCCUCUUCAUCCUCAUCUCGUUCCUCCAGUUCAUCCUCUUCAAGCUCAUAUCGAUCUUCAUCCUAUCGAUCAUCGUCGCAUCGUUCAUCGUAUCGAUCGCAUUCAUCUGGUGGCUGGUCCAGUGGAUCCUCAUCUGGUGGAAGUUACGACAACUACGAGAAACCGAAAUGGUUUGGGCAACGAAAUGGGCAUUAUCUGUACGGGGAUUACUUCAUGACGCCAGCAUAUAGACAAUAUCAAGCACGACAGAGGAAUUCUUUGAAAGGUUGGCAACCAUUCGCCGUCGGAUUUGGUACAGGUUUUGGCACGGGCUAUCUACUCAACACUCGGGUACCCAGUUACAGUUAUCUCUACAACGGUCAAUCCGAGUACCAAUCAAGUUGCUAUAGCUGUGGAUAUUAUUGUAACGGAUGUUGUCGAACUUGUGACUCAACAGUUUUCUUCAAGCAAUCAAGACGAGCUUCUUAUUCAAAUGAUGAGGAGAUUCCACUCAGUGAACGCUUCGACAUCACUUUUUUGUCUUCUGAGGAGAAGCCAGCCUUUCAGAUCUCAGUCCGUUUCGAAGAAGGAGUGAUUGUGAGGAAUACAUUUUUAAACGGAAAAUGGGAAAACGAGGAAAGAGAUGGGGAAUUUCCGAUUGACAAUUGGAAAAUCAUUGAUCUCACGAUUCUCAACAAUGACGACGGUUUGGUGCUUUACUUUGACGGGAAAUAUUUCACCACUUUUCAACAUCGGCCAGCAACGAGGGAUUUGGCGAAGAUUAAAAUUGAGGGAGAUUUCCAGCUUCACCAAAUCACUUUGGACAAAAAGUUGAUCAUU